AUGAGAGUGCUACACUCCAAACAUCAGAAGCUCAUUCUUCAGUGCUACCCGCCUGGAAAAGGCGUGGACAAAAAGCCCAAUCCGCUGGAGCUCUCCUACCUCUUGUACUAUGCUUCCACCAGACGAGUCAAGUUGGAGAAGGUGAUUGACUACUUGGACCACAAAACCAAGUCAGAUUCUCGUGGAAGUAAGUCUGGAAAUUUGCAAGUUACCCUUUCCAUCGUGUCGGCGCUUAUAGAGAAAUGUGCAGACAACUUGAACGUGUUUGCUUUCCAGGUUUGUUCAAUUUUGACUUCGGUGUUGAACACGGGUGAAUUGCCUCUCUGUAAGUCGCUUGUAGCCACCUACGGCGUUUUGUGCUCGAAAUUGGAUGGUGGCCUUUUCACCGGAGACAAGGACUUUGUUGAGUCCUUCUCCCGUCUCACCGAUGGCUUGCUUGACGUGGGUGUGACCAAACUGAAAAUUCCUGGUCCCAACCAACGUGAGUGGUUGUUGCUUUCGUUGUUGACUUCGAGGUAUGUGUUCAACUGCUUGGGCUUCAAUGCGGCUGUAAGCCAUCGCUUUAUCGGGAAAUGUGUUCCGCUUUUGACGGCCACCGUUCGUGACUACUCUUCUUAUGAUACUCUCUUGACUCGUUUGAACAGCAACUUGAAUGUCGAAAAGGAUGACCGUAGAGUCAGCAGAGUGGCCACUGCUGCUGCACAUUCUGUGGCCCAUGGCGAUGUGGACGACGAAUCUUUAACUGAGGACGAAUUGAACGAAGAGGCUCUCAACGGGUUGAAGGCCUUGUUCAAUACAUCUCUGUCGAGUCAGAUCAGUGAGGCCACUAUUGAAGUGGUGAAUAACAACUUGAGGGACGGGAAUGUCGAGGAGAGUCCCUGGGGUGUGACUUUUUUGGAGAUGUGCGCCUCGUGGAUCCCUGUGCAAUUGAGAUUUGUGGCGUUAUCAACUCUUUUAUACAAGUUGAGCGUUGUGUCUGAACAAUUGCCUUCUCAAAAGGCUACCUAUCCUCACGUGGUACACUAUGCCCAGAGUAUAUUGGGGCUUGUCUCCUCUAACUUCAACAUGAUCGGCUUGUCUAUCACUGAUGUCCUUCAACAAUUACUCUCAUUGCAGACAAACUUGUACAUUGGUCUGGCUCAUGUUCUCAGUGUCGAUCAAACUCGAAACUUGAGUGAGAUACUUUCUCAGUGCAUUUGCAACCUAUCCAGUCACAUUUACUAUUUCGACCAAGUUCUGGACUCAAUUGUAGCCAUUUUGUUGCAGAUUGACACCGUGAUGAUUUCUGCGUCCAAAUCCAAUGUCACAAUCACUCAUGAUUUGGUGAUAACCUUUCUUGAUACCAUUUCCACCAUCUUGAACCUUUUGUCAAGAAAAUUGAGCACUAUCGCUCGCAACCAUGCGACCUUAGAAAACUGGGAACUGAGUUUCCUGUUGUUGACGUUCACAAAAUCAUUUAGGGAAUUUGCUAUAGAUGCUACUCCUGAGCAAAUCUCAAAUAUUCAGACUAAAUAUCUUACUGUGUUCAACGAGUUUUUGACUACGGAAUUGAUCAAGGGAGAUGAAAGAUCCGAAGAAGACGUCAACGUUCCUGCCAGUUCAACGAAUUACGGCAAAUUUUUAACUCCAAACUACAACGAUUACAUCGAAAACAGUGAGAAUGCCUUGUCUCAUUUACUUGUCCACUGUAACGCAUUUUUUGGUGAGCAAUCCGUCAACUUGUACGUUGCCCGGAUGCUCUUGGACACAUUGAAGAAUUUGCUUGGAAUCACGGGAAUCAAUUUCAUUCAUAAUUUCCUCCCCGUUUUUCCUCACUGGCAAAUCCUGGAAGUCACAAAGCAACUUCCAGAUUGUGCUAAAGACACUACAGCAUAUCUCUUAUUGAAUGAGUCUUUGAAGGUGUUGAAUGAGAAGUAUCGUGACAGCAUCCAUUUUGAUGUUAGCCAGCUGAGUCUCGCCAAAAACGUUGCUCAAGAUAUCGCAGUACGCAGAGAAUUGGCCGUGUGGGUCAACGAGCUCGAUGGUACUAACGGCGAAGGCUCGUUGGCAAUGGGAGAACCUAUACCCAAUGAAGUCAACAAGAAGGCAUUCUAUGAAUUCUUCUCUCAAACAAGCUUACCUAAGUUUGGGUCAAGAAACUUGCAUCCCGACUUCCGUAAUGGAGAGUCUCUAUUAAACGGCAAUAUCUCUGAGCUUUUGCAAUCUGCAUCAUCUCAUUCAAAUGAGGAAGCGUAUGAGGGCUUCAAAACACCUCCGAGAUCGAAUCUGGUCAAUGGAUAUGGCUUGGGCACGGCCAACGAUAUUUCAUCAAUCCAUUCUGGAUUGUUCAACAGCAAUUUCAAGUCAAACGGAUACCAUUCUCCAGAUGCUACUCAAAUGACUUCUGACACACUCCCGACCAUUGGAACACACUAUCUUCACGAAGCUAACAAUUACAAGCACUCGUUGAUGCCGCGUGUGUCUGAUUUGAAGCAAAGCGUCUUGGGCACGAAGUUACCAAACGAUCAUUUCUCAUUCACUAACGACCGACCAGCUAGUAUCCCCAGAUCUGUUCUUCAAAAACAGAUCCACACCACUGACGUUAAGUCCAUUCUUAACGGGCUUCACAGCGAAGACGACGAAGAGAUCAUAGUCUAG